AUACGUGUUGGCAAAACAAACUACACUAUGAUAGUGUAUCCACUGGAUAGUGACUUAUCCGGUGGAAAGUGCUAUCCACCUUUUGAACAACUGGGGCCUGAAUUUUAAUAUAGCGCAAGUGGCCUAUUCAGGGGUGCUUGCCACAUUUGUCUGUUUCUUUGUUUGCAUGUCUAUGCUUGGAUGAAAGCAGUGCAGUCGCAACUUAUGUAAACAAUGCUUAAGUUGAUGUUACAGUUCUGAUGCAUUGCCGACUUUCCCUUUGGGAGCAUAAGUUGCCUCUUUGAGUGCUAUUUGCUUUGUGUUGAAAACAAGCAUUUUGAAGACAUCUUCAAUUCCACCUGGAGCCAGCCGACCUGAUACAUGAAGAUGCUAACUGUGUGCUGCUUUUUCUUCCAGACUAACAUCUAUGCAGCUUACUUGCAUGAUGCCAUUCUUUUGUAUGCUCACGCCCUUAAUGAGUCCUUGAGGGAGGGUGUUAACAUCACUGCAGGGAAGAAUGUUUCUAGGUCAAUGAUAGGAUUGGAAUUCCUUGGUGUUUCGGGUCCUGUUGGCAUCGACGAAAAGGGAGACCGAGUUGCCUCUUACAGAUUACAGUCAUUUUUGAAGGGUAUGUCAAGUGUAAGGGUAGCCAACUAUUUUGGCACAACUGGACAGCUUCAAUUGUUGAAUCAAACAAUCAUAUGGCCUGGUGGCACAACAGAAAUUCCUCUUGGAAGGCCUGCAUGUGGUUUUGACAAUGAAUUCUGCAAGCCUGUAGCAGAAGGUAUGAAACAAAUCAAAUGGAUCUAUUUCAGCUUUACAAUAAGGGGUGACUAUUUGUACAAUUACUUACUAUGCAUGCAAUUCGUGUUACUCAUUUCACUAUUUUUUCGGUACAGUACAUAAUCUCCCUGGCAUUGAACUUUCUGGUGCCCUUCCCCUCCCCCAAGCCCAUGCCACAUAAAAUUACGGUUCACAUGAUUCAAAGCUGUUUUUGUUGGGAAGAAAAAUUCUUACAAUGAAAAAGCUCAAUUUUACAAAUUCCAUGUUGUCACGCAUCUGUUCAGUAAUAGAUCACAGAUGACAUCAAGAUGCAAAAACGUGGCACACAAGCCACUAGGCUAGUGUGUCACUGAUGUUCUUGUCACAUUUUGAUGUCAUCUGUGAUCUAUUAUUGAACAGACAUGUGGCAACAUGGAAUACAGGGUUCAUACCCUUUUUCAGAAACAAAUUUCUGAACCAGGACUCAGAUUGAUUUUUCAAGGACUCUUAAAUUCACAUUA